AUGUCUUACAACCCAUACGCAUAUGCUUCCGAGGAAGGGGCAGUAAACGACAGGUUUGAUCAAGGAAUCCCUGGUCGGGAUAUGCACCCUGUAGUGGAACAGCAGCAACAGCAAGGAAAGGGCCCCAUUACCGGUUAUCCCUCGCGAGCACCAUUUCAAGCUGGUUCUCAAGGGAUCCAAGGAAUGCAUGGAAACCAAGGCAUGGCAGCGGGACUCCCUGGCCCCUCUAGUUCGUCUGGUGCAGGCAAUGGCCCGUUCCAAAGUGGCAGCACAUCAAUGGCUUAUCAGCUUGGUCAAAGUGCAUUCAGUAAUUUUAUUGGGCAAGAAAACUUCUCGCAGUUUCAAGCAACUGUUUCAAAAGCCACAUCUGGGUCAUCCGGUUUAUCGCACUAUUUUCAAGUUACCACCGCUUACGUCUUAAGAAAGCUACAAAUAAUCCUUAUGCCAUUUUUAAACAAAAGUAAUUGGCAGCGAUUACCUGAUCCGCAAGUGCAGGGAGCUUUCCUGCCACCAAAAGAUGAUGUCAAUUCUCCAGACUUGUAUAUACCGGUGAUGGGGUUGGUGACGUAUAUCUUGAUAUGGAAUAUGCAGAAAGGCUUGCAAGGCGACUUCAACCCGGAGAAUUUAUACUAUAAACUUUCGUCAACGCUGGCCUUUGUUGGCCUCGAUCUGGUCAUUUUGAAGCUGGGUUUAUAUUUGUUGGUGAGCACCAAUAGUCCAACUGCCAGCUUUAUCGAAUUGAUCUGUUACGUUGGUUAUAAAUUUGUCCCAUUGACUUUGGUCCUUUUCUCUCCGAGCAAGCCAUUUUACGCGUCAAUGUUGGCAAAGGUGUAUUUAUUUAUAGCAUUUGGUGUUUUCUUGUUGAGAGCAGUAAAGUUCAACCUUUUUUUCGACGCUAAUAAUGAUAUGGGCAGCAUCAAAAAGUCUACCGUCAAGAAAUGCAACUAUUUUCUUUUCGUUUAUGGAUUCUUUUGGCAGAGUGUACUUAUGUGGUUAAUGGCGUGA